AAUCAAGGCAAUAAAAAUAAACAAACAAGACUGAAUAGUACAAUUGAAUGGUACCAGGUCCCUUGACUGUUGGGGCGGUUUGCAUUGGAAAAUGACGAAUUCGUAUACCAAUCACAGAUUUUGCAUCAGAAAGUACUCAAGGAUAUAUCUUAAUUUUCUCUCCAGAAUCUCGGUCCCAGUCAUUAAUGUUUUUAAAUACACAAACCCCCAUAUGGGUGAGACAGAAAGAGAGUGAUUUCUGCUUAACUGGUCAACCAGGAUUAAACUGGAGAAGCUUUACUUUUUCUUUUUUUUUAACAUCGAUUCUGGUUACGAAGUACUUUUUUUUUUUUUUUAAUUGGAAAUAUUUUAAAUAAUUUAAUCCCUCUUGGUUAAGAAUUUCAAAGCUCCCUCAACCUCUAUAAAUUGGGAGCAUAUCCAGCUGGUAUAGACAACUGCAAGCAACUCUACCGGGAGAAAAAUAAUAUCAAUUAUCUGCUUCAGAUCGAAACAGAUAUCAAUCAUCUCAAUGGAUUCGAAGAAGUCUAACAAAAUCAGAGAGAUUGUUAGGCUUCGGCAGAUCCUCAAGAAGUGGAGAAAGCUUGCCAACACGUCAAAAGCCACGAGCAGCAGCAGCAGCAGCAGCAAGAGCAUGAAGUUUCUCAAAAGAACACUUUCUUUGUCAGAUAACAGCUCUACUCGGGAAGCCUCCGCCAUUAAUGGAGUCCCGAAAGGCUAUCUCGCCGUUUGUGUUGGAGAAGAGCUAAAGAGAUUUGUAAUACCGACCGAGUGUUUGGGUCACCCUGCAUUUCACGUUUUACUUAGAGAAGCGGAGGAGGAGUUUGGGUUUGAACAGACGGGUGUUUUGAGGAUUCCUUGUGAAGUUCCUGUUUUCGAGAAUAUUUUGAAGAUGGUGGAGGAAAAGAAGGACGUGUUCUUCAUGCAGGAAUGUAGGUUUGGACGGCUUCCUCAUUCUCACCAUCCACAGAGUCCAAUGUGCAGAUGAUAACUUUUGAAAUUUUCAGUUUUCUUUUUUUGACGACACCUUUUCAUGUCGUUUCUUUAGAGGAGGGACGGCCAUGUUUGAGAGUGAGAAAGAAGGAGAGAGAGAUUUUAAUAAGUUGUAACAAUAAGUUAUUAGCUAUUUGAAUAUUAUUAGUGAAGCAUAGCAAACACCAAACAUUGUGUAAACAAUUUGAAUGAUUUUGU